AAUUGUUCACAUUUAGCACUGGACUACAGCUCAUGCUUUUACCCAACGAUGCGCCAAAUUGGCCAAUGGCUAUAAUCAGUGUUGUGUUACGAUUUACGUAGGGCUGCAAAUCAAACGCCCUCAUUCGCCCGCGUCCACUGUGACGCACAGCAGUAAUGAUUGCAUAUUCAAAGCGCCUCUGUCGUCUCUCCCGUGUAGUGAGGGGAGAAUAGCGGACCAUGGAGAGCGUGGCAGAAACUUUUUAUACUGACAUGAAAGCGCAAUGACUUUAGCCUAACACCGAUCUGGGACUAGUCUCCCGGAGUGAGGAGGACAGGGUGUACGGGAAGAAAAAUAAGCAACUGACAUUGCCAAGUUCGGGACGGAAAAGGGAAACUGCAGAAAGGUCCGACCCAACCGGCCAAUCCAACAAUCAGUGGUGGAAUAGCCAGUUUAACCAUUUGAAAGAUGAGCUUGUUGUCUGCAAUAGACACCAGUGCCUCCGUGUACCAGCCUGCACAACUUCUCAACUGGGUCUAUCUCUCCCUGCAAGACACCCAUCAGACCAGUGCCUUUGACGCCUUCAGACCCGAGCCCAACUCCACUCACCCGGAUCUCAACUUCACCAAGACUCCCGCUGCGGACCUGAACACACCUAUAAACUCAAACUAUCUCAACAACUUCUUUCAGCUCCAGCGAAAUGAGGCCCUGAACAACAAUGUGUACAAGAACGUGUCUCCCUACGGCUCCCUGAACAACAUCGUGGAUGGACUGAGCACGCUGACCGACCACUUCUCAGACCUGUCCCUGUCAUCGGAGCAGAGGAAGCCCAGCAAGAGACCGCCGCCAAACUACCUGUGCCACCUGUGCUUCAACAAGGGCCACUACAUCAAGGACUGUCCCCAGGCCAGACCCAAAGGGGAGGGAUUGACGCCGUACCAGGGAAAGAAGAGAUGCUUCGGGGAGUACAAGUGUCCCAAGUGUAAGAGGAAGUGGAUGAGUGGAAACUCCUGGGCCAACAUGGGGCAGGAGUGCAUCAAAUGCCACAUCAACGUCUACCCGCACAAGCAGGUAUACACCAGAGCGACCCCUGGAGAAGCCGGAUGGCCUGGACGUGUCGGACCAGAGCAAGGAGCACCCCCAGCACCUGUGCGAGAAGUGCAAAGUGUUGGGCUACUACUGCCGUCGCGUGCAAUAAUCUCUUCUCCAUCACCGUCGCCCUGGGAGCGAGGAGCCCCGCCCAACGUCCUCCCCCGACCCGGACCCCCCUUUUACCCCCCCCCCGUACCCGACCCUACGCUACACUUAAUGAAGCCCACGACCAUCAGACCCCCUGGUUCUUAUGAGAGAUGAACGCACACACACAGACGCACACACACACACGCACAGACACAUACACUCACACACAUAGGCCUUCCCUCACGUUUUUUCUGCAUCUUACUUUUUUUUUUUUAUUCUGUAACUAUGAAUAUUAAGGCCUUUGCUUGGGCUCAACAAUCUGCAAUAUUCUCACUACUAAGACCCCCCCCGCGCGCGCGUGUGCGGUAGAGCAGAAGGUGUUUGUCCAAACUCUCCAUUGGUGGGUGGUGGGUGGUUGUGGUGGGGGUUUGGGGGAAUAUGGAGAAGAAGGAUGACCCCAGAAUUGGGGUUGAUUCUCGAAGACGUUGAUAAUUCAAAGCAACAGAAAAUGGUCACUGUGAAAAACUAUAAAAAAUAUAGAAAUACAGUCACUGCGACAUCACAGGGUAUCGAAAAUCAUACCAGAACCCCCCAACAGAUCCACAGUUAAAGUGUGGAAAUUCCUUGAAUCAUGAAGUAUCUAAGCAGACACACAACUGUGUGUGCUGGAAUAUCUCUUCCGUUAAGAACGAGUCCAAGUAUUUCAUCACUUUCGGGGGUUUGGUUUGUUUUAUGUUUACGUAAAUCUGCGUCAAAACGAGUGGUAUAUAAAUGCGUGUGGUAAUGGGAGCCUCAUUGACUUUGGUAUAUAAUGUAUGUGAGGCCCCUUUUAGUGUCAGAAUCGUAUUAGGGUCAACAGCACAUCUUAUCAACUGUGAAUUAAAUGAGGGAUAAUACGCCAUGCAUCCCUGGCUUACAAUUGGCCUAUUUAUUUAGUUUUUUCCUGUUUAUUUGAAAUAUAGUGUGCAAUUUGAACGUUCUAACUGGGAAAUAUAGAAGUGUAUCUCUAUCACUGCCUUAAUCGCUUCCCCGUUGUUUAGCGACUGCUGUAGGACUUAGAGGCUUCGUGUAGAUUUAGUUAGAUUUUAGUGCUUUACUUAUCACUUCAUUAACCCUCUGUAAAUACCUAUGUUGCCACACGAAACCAUGAUUACCUACAGUACAUUCAAUUUAAACUCGAUACACAAGCAGAUUCGUUUAGUUUUUCUCGUCAUGGACGGCAGUGCAAUAAUCAUUAUCGUUUCUCUAUAGUCAGUCAUGUCAAUGUUUUGCUUACUAAUAAUCAAAAGUCGGAUUCAUGAAUCCUUGUCAUUAUAUGCUUCAAAAGAUGACUCUAAACUGCUUGAAAACUCAUGCAAACGCAGAUUAGAUACUAACCAUGCUAUUCGAGAUAUUAGUCGUUUUAGAGACUUUGGAGAAGUCCCGGUGCCUCUCGAUGAAACCGAGAGCCAUAUGGCUGCAAGGAACAUGAAGCAAAGAGACUUUGUGUUUCUCCCGGAGCUUUAUGUCUGUUAAAGAACUUCCAAUAGCUGGCUGCACUGCAGUGCUGAGAAUGUGGAGAAGAGAGGAGAUGAGCUGGAGAAAUGAAAUGAUCCAUGAAGAGGCGAGAAGAAACGUGGUCCAGGAAUGAUCAGAUUUGAUAACCAGAAGAUAUAGAAAGUGACUAUGAAUGUUUACACUAAGUUGGCUCCUUUUAUGAACCAAUGUCUUGAAUGGAAGUGAGGUACUAUCUGUUUACAAGUCCUACACAACUUUUUCACAAUGUUUGAGAGAUAAUUGGUGGGAUAGCCAUGGCCAACAUUCAUACAAUUGAGACACAUUACAUUUGUUCACUAGAGAUGCCUUGGACAAGCAGUCCACAAAUAUUUUCUACAAAAUGUUGGGCUUUGACCCAACCUAACCUUAAUGUUCAUGUGCCGUAAAGAAAGUUGCGUGGCUCAGAAAUGCCAGGCAGAAUAUUGUGUUUCCAACAAUUCUAUAGAGUACACCAAGUGCCGAUUUUGCAUUCAUGGUCAUUCAUGCGGUAAUUGGGAUGAAGAUUGACUUUGGGUCAAGUUAUCAUCAGAUUUGUGGGUUUGGCUAUUGAAAACCCUACAAUAUGUAUGCUAAUUGGAAGUUACAGUUGGAACUGGCAGCGGGUGGUGUUGGACCCUGAUCGAAUUCAGCACCUCCAACCGGCACUUAAAAACCAAGUGCAGUUUGUUGUCAUGGAGUAUCAACAGAGAUGUUAUGGUUAUGUCAAUCCUCUCCACAGAAAAUCUUUUCAGUUUUAUUACUUUUUCAAAUGAAGCUGUGAACCUCACUUGUGCAUCUGGAGCUUUUUUUAUUUGCCCCUAUUGUGAUCAUGGUAACCAUGAACAGAUUUAGUUUUAUAAGGAGCCAUACUCGUGGGGGAAGCUUCACUUGAUGUUGGCACUCAUGAAUGUUGGGUCAAAUUGUGAGAAACAUUUAAAAGAGAAUGUUUUGUAAAUCGAAUGACUGGACACAGAGGAAAGUAAUAUGCAUGUGAAAGUGAUGUACCGCACGUCAGUAGAACAUAAGCAGAAGGACGAAUCAAGGACUCAUACAUCGUUGGGAACAAUAUAUAUGAUAUAUAUAUAUAUUUUAGCACCGUAUAACUUCGACCUGAACUCGUUGCGAUGAUAACAUUAACAAGACUGAUGAACUCACCGUCUCCUUCAUUAUCAUCUGAAACUCACUGCUUUAAGCGCUAAUACCUGACUGUGAUGUAAAAACAUAACCAUGGAUACCAAUGAAGCCAUGUGAAAACGUGUAAAAAAGUUUUCAUGCUAUCAAGAUAAACAGAGUAUGUAAUAAGAUUUAGGUGCCGAAUCACAAGCAAAUGUAAGAACUUUAUACCAAGCAAAGAUGUAAAAAAAAAUAUCUGCUUUCAGAAGUAUGUUGUCUUGACUUUACUUGACUUUUCUAGUACAUUUUCGGUUAAAAUGUAUUUUUUAUUUUAUAUGAACAAGAUGUGUAUUUUGGAAACCUUUAUAGAUGUUGACAAUUUUUAAGCAAUUUGCAAAAGAAAAACCCAAGUUUUUUUCCCUGACAAAGAUAUUUGCAAAUGACUGUUAUGUAUAUAUUUAAAGGCCAUUAUUUUCAAAGAGGAGCCCUUAUAUAGUCUAAUGCAAUAUUAAAGCUUUUAUGUGAAGAAGGGCCAUUGAUGAAAAGUAAACCAAGCUGGGAGGUUUUUUUUUAUGUUCUUUUCAAUAAUCUGAAGGGCCUGUCCAACAGAUAUAUUUAUGGAAACAUUUUUUACACUUUUUGUAUAGAAUAUGCAUCAAGUUACACUAAAAAGGAAAUAUUGAUGUCUACAUAAAAUGUUAAAAGUUGGUACAUAGUUAAUACUGUCUCAGUUGUAUUCAAUGUAUUUGUGUUUUGUUUCCUUUUGCUUUAUCAGUAUUACAUAACCUAUGAUAUAUUUGUCUUUUAUGAUCUAAUUAUCCUUACCAGUCGCCCCUUCCAUCCAUAGAGUACAAUGUAUUCAAUUUGAAUACGUUAAUGUCAGUGUUAUGAAAGUAUAUUGUGUCAACAUGCAGUCUAACUUGUUUUAUUUCCCCCUCUGUAUAAGCAUGUUCAACUGUGAGCUAUAGUUUGCUAAAAGCAACAAUGACAAGGAUAUUUAAAUGUACAAUGAUUUCACUAGUCAAGGACGUGUGUACUUAUACACACUUCUAUGGAGUUUGCAUGCGCAUGUUUAUUUCUAAUUCCAUUUUAUGUUGUGCAAUGUGUACCUAUUUAAGUUCUACAUAGUGUAGUAUUUGGAUCUGUAUGUAACAUUCUCAGUAAUUCCAAGAUUGUUACUAUCCACAAAAUAUCUAAUUUAGCCUACUGAUAAUGUAGUUUAUCCAGCUUAAUCCCUAUUUACCGAUUUUAAUCUGUUAACACACCAAUGCCGUUCAAUUGGAAAGUCGUGUGUGUGUUUGUGCGUGUGUGCUCUGUUGUUUAUCAUUUAGCAUAUUUCAUUGUGAUGUUGUGAAAGUGCUUGUAUUUGAAUUGGACAGAACACAGAUGCUGUUUGGCACACAAGGAAAGUCAAGCUUACAACGUUGCCCACCAGGUCUGGUUUUCAUGUCCAUGAAAAUGGCAUUCCAAAAUGUGCCUUAUUUGUUAGAGUUUGCGUAACAAACACUAGUGCUUUAGAUCUGUUGGUCGAAUAAAAAGUUGUGAUGAAUGAGA